AUGAUGACAUCGUAUCACUUCUUUGGAAACGAAGGAGAAAGAAUUCCAAGAGCCGUGACAGAUUUAGCUGUUCAUGCACUCGUUCAGGCGAUUCCCGUACACGCUUGCGAAAACUUCAAUCAGCUGACACGGGUCAACUUCAAUGGAUUGGCUUUAAGGGCAAUUGGAAGAUAUGCCUUUGCAAGAUGUACAAGCCUGUUGGAAAUUGACAUUCCCCAGUCCGUGACGACUAUUGAACGUGCGGCCUUCGCGAGUUGCAAGUCAUUGACAAAAGUUCGUUUUCAUGAAGAUGGUUUGUUGACUACCAUUCGAAAUUCAGCCUUUUUCCAGUGCUCGUCUUUAAUCGAGGUGAGCAUUCCCUCUAGUGUGGAGACCAUUGCAGAGUUUGCCUUUGAAUGCUGUGAAUCUUUGGCAAGAGUGUUCUUUCAGGAGGGACUGAAAACGAUUGAUUAUGGUGCUUUUAAAGAGUGUAUCAAAUUGGAAACAGUGGACAUUCCGAGAAGUGUUGUGAAAUUGGGCAACGGUGCCUUUCGUGAAUGUACGUUGUUGCAGGAAGUGAACAUUGAGGAAGGAUGCUUGAGAGUGAUUGGAGAAAGGGCUUUUUCUAAAUGUGUCAAAUUGAAAACAAUCCGCAUUCCUUCCACUGUUGAGCGCACUGAAUUAGCGACAUUCGAGGAUUGCUUUUCUUUGGAAGAAGUGGUGAUCCAAAAUGGUCUCAAAUAUGUAGGAGACAAAACCUUUCACUCGUGCAAAAAUUUGCAAGCAGUUGCACUACCGCAGUCGGUAGAUGUCAUUUGUAGCUCGGCUUUUCGACAGUGUCGCAAGUUGGUGUCAGUGGAAUUGGGGGAUGACCCUAGCACUGUGACGAUACAGAGUGAUGCGUUUGAGGGAUGUGAGUCUUUAGUAAAUAUUUGUCUUCCUUCCGAACCCGAAAUAGCCCAAAGAUGUCCUGACGAUGUCGGUCCCGGUGUUAUUGUCAGCAUCGACAGCUUUAGAGGCUGCAGAGCGCUGGAAAAUCAAUAUGGCGACGCGAACAUUCUGCUUGCCCUGAUCCAUCGCUUCGACAACUUUCUGAUACACAAGAAAUGUUACCAUGCCUCUAUAACAACAACAGAUGAACUCGCUCGGGAGAUUGAGUCAUCAAUGCAAUCGCCGGACGAAGGCAAUGAUCAUUUGGUUGAUUCUUUCGGCAUGACACCCUUUCAUGUUUUACUAUCGGCUGCAAACUGCAGACCCGAUCUUUUGCAAGUUUUGCAAGAUGCGUAUCCACCGCAUGUCCUUGGAUGGAAAGACGUGCUGAACGGAAAGACUGCCAUAGAAUACUUCACCGCCCGCAGCUAUCAUCUGUCAGGAGGCUCUCGAACCAUACUUCGAAUGGCCCUAUUUCGAUGGUUGGUGGGUUCUAUCUCGAGUUGGAACGGAUUGGAAACGUGGAAAUCGGACAUGUCGAGUAGGGUGAAUGCGAUUAUUGCUGAAGAUGAAUUGGAACAAAGACAAUCCUUGGUUCAAGAAGCAUCGAUGGCUCUGUCGCUCUACGAACGGAUGGAAGCCACAACGUUACUAGAAUUAUCUUUGUGGAAAAUGGAGAUGAAGUCGGCAAAUAAAUCACUAGGAGAGAAUGCAGUCGACAAGGGCGGCCAUGAAGCAUACCGGAUUCGAAGUGGUGCUUCCGUCGUCAUCCCGAAUGUGAUUUCAUUCGUUGUAUGA